CCAGAAUUCCACUAUCUCGAUCCGACAGGUUGUCUCUCUCACUAUCACUUCACGAUGCAAGCAGAACCUCCCUCAACAUCGACCAAGACAUGGCAGUAUCCAUCUGGUCAACUGGGCCAUUUGACAGAGAGUCAACAGCAAGCUUUGGACAAAUUCAAGCAGCUUUUGGCGGAAAAGGGCACGUACACCCCGUCAUCCGAGGGCAAGCGGCCCUCCCAUAGCGAUGCUAUACUGCUUCGGUUCCUUCGAGCUCGCAAAUUUGACCCGCCAGCUGCGGUCAAGCAGUUCAGCGAGACUGAGGAAUGGAGGAAGACCCUCCGGGUCGAUGAAGUGUUUGACUCGAUCGACGUGGAUGAGUAUGAGGAAACUCGCCGAUUGUAUCCUCAAUGGGUAGGGCGGCGAGACAAGAGAGGUUUCCCGGUCUACGUCUUUGAAGUCGGCCACCUUGACCCCUCGGAGGUCUCGGCAACGGACAAAUCCAAGAGCUUGAAGAAAUUCGAAUCAGGUCACGGCGAUUCUUCCGCCCACAUGCUUCGCCUCAUCUCACUAUAUGAGCAUCUCGUCGGAUUCGUCUCUCCCUGGUGCACGGCCGAGCCGACCAGACCCUAUGCCAAGACCGCGGCGAUGACUCAGUCUUGCAACAUCAUAGAUGUAUCAGAUCUUGGAAUCCGAAAAGCUUACAGCUUGAGGAGUCACCUCCAGGAUUCCAGUGCCCUUUCAACAAAGCAUUAUCCAGAGACACUCGACAAGAUCUUUGUCAUUGGUGCUCCCUCAUUCUUCGACACUCUUUGGUCAUGGAUCAAAAACUGGCUGGAUCCUGUCGUGGCCUCCAAAGUAUUCAUCCUGCCAUCUAAAGACCUCUUCGCCAAACUCUCGGAGCAUAUCGACCCGGAGAAUAUUCCCAAGAAGUAUGGUGGACAGCUAGAUUGGAAAUGGGGAGAUCUUCCAAAUUACGACCCCGCGUUAUUGAAGCUGGUGGACCCCGUCCAGGAAGAGCUCACUUUACCCAUUGGACCAACGCGUUGGGAAGAAGGAGAUGAUGGAGAAAUGGUCCUCGUCGCUACAGGGACCAAAGAUGGCGAGCCACGCAGAGAAAAGGUGUUGAAAUUGAAGAGCAAGUACGAUGAUGUCUUAUUCUUCAAGCCGUCAAAGGAUGCCACUCAGGAGCAGGGGAGCGCAGCACCGACCACGGCUGGUCCGCCGGUCACGAAAGCUUGAAGUUGUAUGACGCAGGAAUAAGACUUAAAGGUCUGCCAGCAGCUCGUGUUCGGCAUGGUCUCCGCUGUGGUUGUCCUGGGAUGCGCGAAGAACUGGAUCUGGCCUAGGACAUGGCUGCACCAAAGGUCUCAGAGGACUCAAGAGACUCGUUGAGUAGAGCAACGACUUGGAAAUGAGACAUGCAUCGCACUCGUCACGU